AUGGCUAUGGCUAACGAACAAAUUGCAAAUUUAUGUUAUGCUUCAUUGCAUCUGAUUCCUUCAAGACCUUACAGGAGCCCUUUGGCAGCAGAAUAUUUGCAAUAUGUCAAUGGGCUGAGGCCUAUUUCAAGCCCCUACGAUAUCAAUGAGGCUGAUGCCUUCCCACACGUCUUCCAUGCCUUUGUUGCUGCUAAUGUUGUUGGUUCUUUGGGUUUGGUGAGUGAUUAUGGUGAGGAAGAGGGGUUUGUGGUUCAUGUUGUUCAUGUUGCAUGUGCAGGGGGUGGUGGGGUGGCGGAUGAUAACAUUUGGUGGAAAAUGAAAUGGGGUUGGAUUUGA